ACCUGUAACAACUACACUUACACCUUCCACAAGCAUGACAGUACCUCCCUCAACUACUACAGCUCCUACUUCAUCUGGAUCUCCAGGUACAACAACAGCUCAGACAAUGUCACUUGCACCCACAACAACUGAAGCUCCAACAACCACAGUUGUGAUUCAAGAAACAACAACUCCAAUAACUAUAUCUACAAUUUCACAAAGUACAACUGCACCUGUAACAACUACAGCUACACCUUCCACAAGCACGACAGUGCCUCCCUCAAGUACUACAGCUCCUACUUCAUCUGGAUCUCCAGGUACAACAACAGCUCAGACAACGUCACUUGCACCCACAACAACUGAAGCUCCAACAACCACAGUUGUGACUCAAGAAACACCAACUCCAAUAACUAUAUCUACAAUUUCACAAAGUACAACUGCACCUGUAACAACUACACCUACACCUUCCACAAGUAUGACAGUGCCUCCCUCAACUACUACAGCUCCUACUUCAUCUGGAUCUCCAGGUACAACAACAGCUCAGACAACGUCACUUGCACCCACAACAACUGAAGCUCCAACAACCACAGUUGUGAUUCAAGAAACAACAACUCCAAUAACUAUAUCUACAAUUUCACAAAGUACAACUGCACCUGUAACAACUACAGCUACACCUUCCACAAGCACGACAGUGCCUCCCUCAAGUACUACAGCUCCUACUUCAUCUGGAUCUCCAGGUACAACAACAGCUCAGACAACAUCACUUGCACCCACAACAACUGAAGCUCCAACAACCACAGUUGUGACUCAAGAAACACCAACUCCAAUAAUUAUAUCUACAAUUUCACAAAGUACAGCUGCACCUGUAACAACUACACCUACACCUUCCACAAUCAUGACAGUGCCUCCCUCAACUACUACAGCUCCUACUUCAUCUGGAUCUCCAGGUACAACAACAGCUCAGACUACGUCACUUGCACCCACAACAACUGAAGCUCCCACAACCACAGUUGUUACUCAAGAAACAACAAAUCCAAUAAUUCAGUCUACAUUUUCACAAAGUUCAACCGCAUCAGCAACAACUACAUCUGCACCUUCCACAAGCAUGACAGUGCCUCCUUCAACUACUACAGCUCCUACUUCAUCUGGAUCUCCAGGUACAACAACAGCUCAGACUACGUCACUUGCACCCACAACAACGGAAGCUCCCACAACCACAGUUUUGACUCAAGAAACAACAACUCCAAUAACUACAUCUACAAUUUCACAAAGUACAACUGCACCAGUAACAAAUACACCUACACCUUCCACAAGCAUGACAGUGCCUCCCUCAGCUACUACAGCUCCUACUUCAUCUGGAUCUCCAGGUACAACAACAGCUCCAACAACGACAUUUGCAUCCACAACAACUGAAGCUCCCACACCAACAGUUGUUACUCAAGAAACCUCAAAUCCACUAAUUCAGUCUACAUUUUCACAAAGUUCAACCGUAUCAGCAACAACUACAUCUGCACCUUCCACAAGCAUGACAGUGCCUCCUUCAACUACUACAGCUCCUACUUCAUCUGGAUCUCUAGAUACAACAACAGCUCAGACCACGUCACUUGCACCCACAACAACUGAAGCUCCCACAACCACAGUUUUAAUGAAAGAAACAACAACUCCAAUAACAAUAUCAACAAUUUCACAAAGUACAUCUACAUCUGCAACAUCUACAUCUACACCUGACACAAGCAUGACAGUGCCUCCCUCAACUACAACAGCUCCUACAUCAUCUUCUUCUCCGGGUAUAACAACAGCUCAAACUACUUCACUUGAACCCACAAUAACUGAAACUCCCACAACCACAGUUGUGACUCAAGAAACCACAACUCCAAUAACUAUAUCUACAAUUUCACAAAGUACAACUGCACCUGUAACAACUACACCUACACCUUCCACAAGCACGACAGUGCCUCCCUCAACUACUACAGCUCCUAUUUCAUCUGAAUCUCUAGGUACAACAAAAGCUCCAACUACGUCACUAGUACCAACAACAACUAAUGUUCCCACAGCAGUGCCUCCUUCAACUACUACAGCUCCUACUUCAUCUGGAUCUCCAGGUACAACAACAGCUCCAACAACGUCACUUGCACCCACAACAACUGAAGCUCCCACACCCACAGUUGUUACUCAAGAAACAACAACUCCAAUAACUAUACCUACAAUUUCACAACGUACAACUGCACCAGUAACAAAUACACCUACACCUUCCACAAGCAUGACAGUGCCUCCCUCAGCUACUACAGCUCCUACUUCAUCUGGAUCUCCAGGUACAACAACAGCUCCAACAACGUCACUUGCACCCACAACAACUGAAGCUCCCACACCCACAGUUGUUACUCAAGAAACAACAAAUCCAUUAAUUCUGUCUACAUUUUCACAAAAUUCAACCGUAUCAGCAACAACUACAUCUGCACCUUCCACAAGCAUGACAGUGCCUCCUUCAACUACUACAGCUCCUACUUCAUCUGGAUCUCUAGAUACAACAACAGCUCAGACUACGUCACUUGCACCCACAACAACUGAAGCUCCCACAACCAAAUUUGUGACUCAAGAAUCAACAACUCCAAUAACUAUAUCUACAAUUUUACAAAGUACAACUGCACCUCUAACAACCUCACCUACACCUUCCACAAGCACGACAGUGCCUCCCUCAUCUACUACAGCUCCUACUUCAUUUGAAUCUCCAGGUACAACAACAGCUCCAACUACGUCACUAGUACCCCAAACAACUAAUGUUCCCACAGCAUUGCCUCCCUCUACUACUACAGCUCCUACUUCUUCUAAAUCUCCUGGUACAACAUUAGAUCUUACCACGUCACUUGCACCCACAACAACUGAAGCUCCCACAACCACAGUUUUAACGAAAGAAACAACAACUCCAACAACUAUAUCAACAAUUUCACAAAGUACAUCUGCACCUGCAACAUCUACAUCUACACCUGACACAAGCAUGACAGUGCCUCCCUCAACUACAACAGCUCCUACAUCAUCUUCUUCUCCGGGUAUAACAACAGCUCAAACUACUUCACUUGAACCCACAAUAACUGAAACUCCCAUGACAGUGUCUCCCUCAACUUCAAAAUCUCCAACCUUCUGCAUCUCCAGCUACAAUUGCUCCAACAAUGACUCUUUCACCCACAAUGGAAGCUCCCACAACUACUGUUGUGACUCAAGAAACCACAACUCCAACAACUGUAUCUACAGUAUCUCAACGUACAACUGCACCUGAAACAAUUACAAAUACACCUUCCA